CUGAAUAAAAAUAAUAGCAACGCUCCCUUACUUAUCUCUAGAGAUCACGAACACGGCAAAUCAUCAAGUCAACUUGCGGCAGAUAAAGAAGUGGACACGAGGGCAUAAAAGGCUAGCUCAUCCCCGGCGCGUCACCGGCUGUCCCCGAUUCCAUCUCCAGAGCCCACGGCUAUAUAACGCCCCCAACCGCAGCUCCGGCGGCGGCGACGAUGCCUACCGGCUCCGGGGCUCAGACGUCGUCGUCGUCGUCGUCUGGUCCGACGACCUUGCUCGAUCAGGAGCGGUCAGGAAUAAUGGCGGACGACGGUGGUGCCGGCGCGGCUGCAGAAGGUGGCUCCGUCGCGGAGGCGGUGGACCACCGCGGCCGCCCCGCCUCCCGCGCCUCCACCGGCGGCUGGAAGUCGGCUUCCUUCAUCAUAGCGGUGGAGAUCGCGGAGCGCUUCUCCUUCUACGGCGUGUCGGCGAACCUGAUCACCUACCUGACGGGGCCGCUGGGCGAGCGGGUCGCGGCGGCGGCGUCGGCCCUCAACGCCUGGAACGGCACGGCGCAGCUGCUGCCGCUGCUGGGCGGGACGCUCGCGGACGCGUGGCUGGGCCGGUACCGCACCAUCGUGCUCGCCUCCCUCAUCUACAUCCUAGUAAGCGAAAAGCAGAAUGCAUUUCCACUUCUUUAGUUUGAAGAUGAAGAUUGCGU